CUGGAAGCUUCCGAUCCAAUCGACGGCUCCCCUCCUCUGUCGGCUCGUCUUCUCGCGUCCGUCUCCGGCGUCGAACACUCGAACCCCCUCCGGCCACCGUGCAGAGUCUACUCCUUUGCAAGUGAGAAGCGCCGCCUGGAAGGGAUUCUUCCAGGAUUGGAGGAGCCGCCGCUGUCCUCACCCCUGCUGGGCCGGCGUCGAGCGGAGAUCCAGUCGGAAACUAAACUGACCUCGUCUUUUGCCGCGUUCCCAUCAGGAGAAGCAAUGUCAGGAGUGAUCACAAAGUUCGCGGUUGCAUCCAUGGUGAUGUGGAUGGCCCCGGUUGCGAUCGUGUAUGGGUUCUACUACCAGGUGUUUCCAGGUGUGAGUCAGAUGUCAUCCUCGGCGCAGACACUCGCCAGCGGGUUCCUUGCCGUCAUAUCAGUCAAUCUGGUGAUCGGCUUUUACAUAUGCAUGGCAAUGAAGGAGACUCCGCACCAGGAGCCGCAGCCAGAUCCCACCUUCUUGGCGAAUGCUAAAGCGAGUAUCAACCAGCCAACAUCUUCUCAAGUGAGUGAUGAUUCCAAGGGGAAGGGGAAGGUUGAGUAAGCUGUAGCAUGUUGGCUUGGGUCUUGUGUAUGUUAAGAGCAUGUUAUUCAGGAGGAAUAGUUGUGCUAUGCCACCACACAAUACCAUGGCCUUUAAAAUUUCACGAUUUCGCUGUAAAUCUUGACGGUUAUGGUUAUGGAACCAUUUGAAGAUGAACCUCUUGUAUCUGUUUACAAUGGAAACUGUGUCCAAUGUGUUAUUUUGGUUAGGAUUCUCAUCAAAACUACUGGUGGUUAUGUAUUAGUUCCUUUUUGGUGAUUUGGUUAGAUCCUAUUUAGUGUAUGCCUUGAACAUACAUAUGCUGCAAUGUGGUUCCAUUCUGGCUUGUGUUGAGAUACAAUCCAACAACAUAGUUAAUAGGUGAUA